ACAAAUGGCUUCCGUUUCCAACUUUCGGCUGCCGUAAUUCACUGUUGGCAUGGUUUUUUGAAAUAAGAACGCUUAGACAGUCGAGACGAACGUGUUCGAUCGAAUUAUUACACGAUUUAGAAUAGCCGACGACCAUGGGCAUUCAAGAUCUACAAAUAUUUCUAGAAAACGAGGGUGUAGGUGUUGAUUUGUUUAGAAUUGCUAGAACUCAUCCUGGUGGAUUUCGAUUGGUAUUAGACGCGGAAGGGUGCUUAGACCGUCUUUAUGGAGGAUAUUUUUCCGAUUGGGCAUGUGGUGGACAAUGGGCCCGUUGUGUUCAAUUCCUCACAACCCUAGCACAGGCUUUAGCUGAGCAUCAAGUUGCUCUAUGUGUUUGCUUCAAUGGAGCCCAUCCUACACCACCUGCAAUGCCUCAACAUUGGAUACAAAAUCAAUCAACCUACAGGCAGAGAAUCAAUUCUGUGCUGCGACACAUUGCUACAAAAGGCACUCCACCACCAAAAGUAUGGUGGGUUCCUCCAACAGGAUUACACUCUUGCCUUAGAACAGCUUUGCGAUAUCUCAACAUUCCAAUUAUGGUUUCAUCGGAUGAUCAUUGUCAAGAAGUGGUUGGCUUGUGCCGUGAGAAAACCUAUGCUGGUCUUGUUGGUUGUUCUGGAGAAUAUUUAGUUUUCCAACCACCAAGAUACUUCAGUUCAUCUCAGCUAAAACUCACCUAUCGAUCAUCAUUGGAAACCAAAGAAUAUAUGGUACAUGACUUGCCAAAGUUACUUGAUGUACCUCAGGAUAGAUUAUGUCUUUUGGCUGCCCUUCUAGGGGGAGUUAUUUUAUCAGAACAGAGUCUCACUGACUUUUAUAAACGCUUAGGUAUUGCUCAAAAAAAGCAACAAGUUCCCCCUGAAACUCUCAUUAAAACUGUAGGUCAAUUUGUAAAGGAUUUACCAUCAUCAGAUGUAGAUGCUGCUUGUAUUGAAAUAUUUGGGGACUUGAAUGAUCUUCGUGCUGCCAAAUUAAAACAAGCUGUACAAUAUUAUCUAAAUGGUACCAAAGAUGGUUUUCUUAAAUACAGAACUGCUUCUGGUCGUCGCCCGAAAAAUAACAAAAAAAAUCAGAAGCCAGAAAACAGUCCUCAGUCUACUUCCAUGGACCUGGAUACUUCAAAAUUGGCUACCGAGUCUUCUGAACAUGAGCUAAAAGGCUUGGAAGAUUACAAAUUGGCUACAGCAAACGCGUCGAUGAAUGCUGACUUUAGCAUUGAGGAUCACUGUCAUGAAUUGAGCCACAGCGUCGCAGGGCUCUCGUUGGACAGCGGGGAUGCGGCCUCUCUCAAACAGCCAUCUGCUAAACCUUGUGACAAAAAAGAGAAAUCGACAUCUAAAGAGGUUUCGACAGGUGCAAGUAAACACAUUCAAAGCGACGAUAACUGCCCCGCCGCUCCCGCCGAAGUACUUCGGACGUGCGCAGAGCGUCAUACGCGGGGCCUCAUGCACCCACAAAUGCUGGCCAUCCUCACUCACCGCCAGGUCACGCUGCCGGUCUUGAUGGAGGACGACAACCACCGUGAAAUACCUUCUAUACACCAUUUCUUCAGACCGAUCAGACAGAAUGUUUACGCAAUCUUAUACAACAUGCACCACCAUCGCUUUAUGGCCCAAAAAGCUAAAGAUGAAGGUACCGCUGCAAUUUCGACUGGUAAUGAUCGUCCAUGCACAGUUCAUGUAGCAGAAUGGAUAUACUCGCGCGUUAAUCCAGGAAAGAAUCCAGAGAUUGUACCUGGUAUUGUACUCGAUUGGCCAGUUCCGACAGUGCAGAGGCUUUGGUUUGGUACAGCGCAAGAUGAUAAAUGUCGUCGUAUGCGUGCUUUUUUGUCGUGCAUGCGAUCAGACACUCCACUCAUGUUGAAUACAUCUUACGUGCCACAACAUUUGCUGAUUUUAGCUACUGUUUUAAGGUUUAUCAUGACAUCGCAAAUACAAAUUUUACGGCGCCAGGAAUUGGAUGCAUUUUUAGCUACAGCUUUCUCAAAUGAUCUCAUGAACGCUCUUCACUUACAAGAAAUGACGGUGCAGGGCAUGAGCUCGCGCGGCGUGCAGCUGGGCGCGCUGGUGAUGGCGGGCGCGGAGGCGGCGCUGCUGGCCAACGACGCGUGCGGCGCGCCCGUGCCGUGGCUCGUGGCCGCGCCCUGGCUCUACUUCGACGGCAAGCUGCUGCAGCGCAACCUGCACCGCGCCGCGCACUGCAAGCACCUCGCGCAGCUCUGCGACAACCACCUCGACACCGUCGUCAAGGUGGAACGCAUGCGCAAGGCCAUCCUGGAGGGUCUGGAGGUGGAGUUCGCGAUGCCGCCGCUGCCGUUGGUGGGCGUGGUGGGCGAGCCGCUGGCGUGGCGCGGGCGCGGGCGCGGCGCGAGGCUCGAGAUCGCCGGCGUCGUCGUAGGCCAGUGGGGCGGGGGGUCCUACCCCACACACCCGCGCGCGUCCCGGUACCCGCAGACAGUUAACCCGCAGGUGAGCUACGUGGGCUACACGCCGACGCCCCGCAACGCGUACGGCGGGCGCGGCUGGCGCGGCGCGCGCGGGCGCGGGCGCGGGCGCGGCGCGGCGCCGGCCCGCGGCGCGGCGCGUGCGCGGCGGCCGCGGCACCACGAGCCCGCCAAGCCCGCCACUAUCAGCGUGAAUGGUAAAACUGUUAGACCUGAUGAUAUCAGUCCCCCCGCUGACGAUGGCAGUCCUCAUGAAGAUAGUUCCCAGCCUGAGAAUGACGGUGAAGGAACUCAACCUCAGAAAAUAAAGACUGGAAAAAAUAUUAAGAAGAAUUUAGGAAAAGGUAAAAAAAAGAGCUCUAGCCACAAGACUGAUGUAGCUCAGACAUUGGAAGCCAAUGGACCACUAGAUAAGAACAAGGUGGCGGAACUUAGUCAUAGUUCUGAUCAAGAGCACUUUGGACAAGGUGAUGCACCUGUUAGUAAUUAAAUUGUUUGUUUAAUUCCAAAGGUAAACUUUAUGUAUUUAAUAUUAUAGUAUUUACAUUGCUUAGUUCAUAUGUGAACCGUACAUUAUGUUUAUCUGAUUCAGUUUAGGAUAUGAACAUGUUUUUAAUUUAUCUUUAUACCACAGUCUAUAUAGGUUUUUUAUGUUUUGAAAAAAUGGGUGAUACAAUAUGAAUUGCUAUAGAUUAAUGUCAGCUUAUCUAUUUAGCUCUUAAUUUAACUCUAGUUAAGAGGUAAAUUACCAUUUCAAAUCAGUUCAAAGACAUCAUUGGGGAAAAUAACAAAAUAUUUUCAAUAGCACGUAUUUCUUAAAAGAUCGCGUUAAUCUGUAAUAUCUGAAAUAAAGACAUAAUAUCUUGAAGAAAAUUCUUGGCUGAGAA